AGAAUUCGGUGAGCUCAGAUUUUACAGAAAACACUAUUUCAUUCCAAACAGAAGGGGCAAAUGGCAAAUUAAGCAAAAAUGUAAAAAAACCGCAGACAUCCUAAUGCAUUGACUUGCAUUUGUGACAGCACAAGAACAAUUGCCAGAGCAGCAGUCACACCAAAGGUGCUGCAGCCGCUUACAGGAAAUGUUUGGCAGGUGAUAAUGAAAUACGAGUGACAAUAAUCUCUCCAUCUAACUGUCAGCGAACAACAAAAAAAAAAAGGAGCAUCGUGCACAAUAAGCAACACGAGAGCAUCGCAGAAAGGCGCUUGAUUGGAGAAAACACAAGACGGGCCAAGGGGACAAUGAAUUCAACUAAGGCCAUGACGGUCUCAUACCUCACCACUUUCAUGGACAACUUCACUGAAGACCCUCUGGGUCUUGGGACCACCGACUACGAUUAUGCCGAUCCUUGUACCACUGACAGCUCCGAAGUCCUCGGGAAGCACUUCCUCAUGGCCGUUUUCCCACUCAUCUUCGUCCUGGGCUUGAUCGGGAACAUCAUGGUGCUAUGGACGCUCGUUCAGUACGUACACCUUAAGACAAUGACAGACAUCUGCCUUUUCAAUUUAGCCAUUUCCGAUCUGAUAGUGGUCAUCUCCAUUCCCUUCUGGAUGUCCAUGCUCCAAGCGACACUUCCCAUUUCAGACAUCUGCGGAUUCAUGAAAGCGAUAACAAUGAUCGGAUUUUACAGCAGCAUUUUAUUUGUGACCCUGAUGAGCGUAGACAGAUACCUGGCUGUGGUCCACGCGGUUUUUGCCAUGAAAGCUCGGACUCUCGUGUACGGCGCGAUGGCAAGUGCCGCCAUUUGGCUUGUGGCCGUUUGCGCCUCGCUUCCGGAGUUUGUCUUCGCCCGCAUGAAAACAGAGAACGGCUCCGCUCGGUGCGACAUGAUUUACCCAGCGCAUUCAGCAAACACGUGGAAACUGAUCCGCAACAGCGAAGUGAACGUUCUGGGCCUCCUGAUCCCACUAGGCAUCAUGAUAUACUGUUACAUCAGGAUCGUCAUGGCGCUGAUGAAGUCCCGGAUACAGAGGAGACACAAGGCCGUCAAGCUCGUCUUUAUGAUAGUUUUCAUCUUCAUCCUCUUCUGGGUGCCGUAUAACAUUGCGUUGUUCCUCCACUCUUUGCAGCAGGUUGGCUAUCUGAUUACCUGUGAAGCCACACAAAAGCUGAUGGCCACCAUCGACGCCACCGAAAUGCUGGCGCUGACCCACUGCUGUGUGAACCCCGUCAUUUAUGCCUUUGCCGGUGAGAAGUUCCGGAAUCACAUGAGCGCCAUGUUUAAUGGAUUCCGACUGUGCACGUUGGUGUGCAAAAGGACAAGGGGACACCUGGCAGCUUCUGAAAUGGACACAUCCAACACAAUCGUGUAACCCCCUGGAAAGCGUAAAAUCGCAGUAGAUGGACGCAAGUAGGGUCAGACAAAAGAAGGCUGAAGAAUGCGAUAAUUAAAUUAAAAACGGCAGCAGCAGCCUCACAGAAGUGUCCCUGAGUAAAAUGAGGACUUCAAAUCCCAGCAUGCCUUAGGGGCAUGUAUCAAAAGAGCAGCUCAAAGAGAAGACGUCAAUGACUUUCCAGAAGAGCUGGUUGGUGGAUGGUGGGAGCAACUCAACUGGAUGAUCUUUAACGGGUCCCUGGGGUGAUAAGAGCUUUUGGAAAAUUUCAACGUUGAGAUCAACAUGUUUACCCGUCCUACCCACUUAAUUACUCCCAAAAUAACAUCAAGUUGAGCUUUGAAGGUCCCUAAAGUCGGACUUACUUACCACACGGCUUGGUCACUUAUCGUUUGUAAAGAAAAGAUUUGUAACAUUUGUGCAAAAAUUUACCCUGGAGAAGUUUACAACUGUGUCCCAGUGUUCUUGAUGAACUCAUAUUAAAGUCACUGCCUUGAUCCACCGGACUAAUUCCCUUCAUCAUUUUACACACUUGUGGCCGAAUGCAGAAAUGACAACCAAGAAAUUGUGAGACACCAACCUGGUCUUCCCUUUUAUUUGUCCGAGGAUGAGAAAAAAUAAAUAAAUAAAUAAGAAAGGAAAGAACGUAAAUAAAUAACUAAAAAACGUUGGGGCAUGUCCCUUCAACGGGGAUUCGAAAAAUACCGUAUAUACUCGCGGAUAAGUUCUCCCGCGGACUUGAUUUUACCGUAUAUAUUUCUGGUAUU